UUCUGCCUCCGGCACGGCAAUGGAGAUGGCUCUCCGGGCGCAGACCCCGCUCUGCUCCCGGAGCCGCCCGGUGCUCGUCCUGCGCCCCGCCACCGCCGCCGCCGCUACCGGCGUCGCGCAGUCCAUCGUAAAGUGCAGCAGAUUUUCAAGAGCCAGGCUUGUUCGAUGCAUGGUAGCCAGUUCAGAUUACCCUAAGAGGAGUCCAACGAGAUCAUCAGCUCCCAAGUCCAAAGGCACUGCCUCUAGAGGAUAUGCUCCAGGACCUGCCGCUGAAUCCAGCACGGAGAAGAUUGAGCAGAGUAGCGCCGAUGAAGGUGAUCUUGGCACAAGCAAUGGGACGCUCACUAGUGAAGCAACAGAACAGGAAAGUACUCCAGUUGAAGAAUCUAGUGUGGACUUGUCAGAAAAUGUUUCUACUAGUGCGGAGCUGGAGGGAGUGAAUGAGGCUGAGGCUGAAGAAGAGCCUGACCAGAAGCAGUCUCCAGCAUUGCCUUCCACCUCCAUGGAUGCCGAGUCAAUUGACAGAGAACUUGAGGAGUACCGUGGCAAAAUAAGUGCGCUGGUGGGUUCAUCGCUUGGUAGCACUCAAGGACACAACCAAUCCGUUAUUGGUGUUCAUGAACAAGACGAACAGGUAAUUAGUUCCAGUGAGCAAGACACAUCAGUCGACGAUGUUCCUGAACAAAGCCAGUCAGUUGUUGAUGUCAUUGAAGAAGAUCCAACGAAGCAAACUACCAUAGUUAGUGAAAAGGAUAUUUCUGAAGAAGAAGUUGAGCAGAUAGCCAGCAAGCAUCUCGAGCCUAGAGAAUUUCUUUUAUCAGAAGAUGAAGCCGGGGCUAGUAAAGAUGACAAUGAAGAGCCUUUGGUUGCUGGUGAUGAACUGAGGAUAGCAGAAGAUGAGGAACAGCAUGAACCAGAGAUGCAAGAACAGGUACAGGAGGAUGUUGAUCCUCAAGCAAUAAAGCGGAGGCUUGAAAAGCUUGCAUAUGAAACGUAUUCGAUCGGGAACAACUGUUUUGUUUUUCCUGAAGUGGUGAAAGCUGAUUCAGUUAUUGAGCUUUACUUAAAUCGUAGCAUCUCUGCCUUAGCAAGCCAGCCUGAUAUUCUUAUCAAAGGGGCAUUCAAUGGUUGGAGAUGGAACCCUUUUACUGAAAAAUUACAUAAAAGUGAACUAACAGGGGAUUGGUGGUGUUGUAAGCUCUACAUACCCAAGCAGGCAUACAGAUUAGACUUUGUGUUCUUUAAUGGUGACACCGUAUAUGAAAACAACAAUUAUAAUGAUUUCGUCCUGCAAAUAAAAAGUGACAUUGAUGAACACUCAUUUGAGGACUUCCUGCUUGAAGAAAAGCAAAUGGAACUUGAAAGGCUUGCCGCAGAAGAAGCUGAAAGGGAAAGACAAGCUGAGGAAGAGCGCCGGAAGGAGGAAGAAAGGGCCAAAGUGGAGGCUGACAGGGAACAAGCAAAGGCUGAGGUUGAGAUGAUGAGGAAUAGAUUGGAGCAUGUGUUGGGUUCAGCCAGCAGAUACGCCGAUAAUCUAUGGUAUAUAGAGCCUAACACAUACAAAGGAGGGGAUAGGGUCAGAUUAUACUAUAAUCGAACCUCGAGACCACUAAUGCAUACAAAUGAGAUAUGGUUGCAUGGGGGUUACAACAACUGGAUUGAUGGGCCCUCUAUUGCUGAAAGACUAGUCAAAUCUGAAGAAAAGGAUGGUGAUUGGUGGUAUGCAACUGUUACUUUACCUGAAAGUGCAUUGGUGUUGGACUGGGUUUUUGCUGAUGGACCUCCUGGGAAUGCAAGGAAGUAUGAUAACAAUGAAAAACAAGAUUUCCAUGCUGCCGUUGCAAAGAGCAUAUCUGAUAAUUUAUUUUGGGUUGAAGAAGAAAAUAGGAUAUUUGAAAGGCUUCAGCAAGACAGGAAAGAAAGGGAGGAUGCUGGUCGGAGAAGGGCUGAGAUAACUGCAAGGAUGAAAGCUCAGACAAAGGAGAAGACUAUGAGAGAGUUUCUUCUCUCACAGAAACACAUUGUCUAUACUGAGCCACUUGAAGUACGUGCAGGAACCACCGUGGAUGUUCUGUACAAUCCUUCUAACACAGUGCUGAAUGGAAGUCCAGAAGUUUGGUUCAGAUGUUCAUUUAACCGUUGGACUCAUCCAAGUGGUCCUUUGCCACCACAGAAGAUGGUGAAUGCAGAAAAUGGCUCACACUUACAAGCCACAGUUAGGGUUCCUAUGGAUGCAUACAUGAUGGACUUUGUUUUCUCUGAGUCGGAAGAAGGUGGAACAUAUGACAACCGAAAUGGGAUGGACUACCAUAUUCCUGUCUCUGAUUCCAUGGGGAAGGAACCACCUAUGCAUAUUGUGCACAUUGCAGUAGAAAUGGCUCCUAUUGCAAAGGUUGGGGGUCUUGGCGAUGUUGUUACUAGUCUUUCACGAGCUAUUCAAGAUUUAGGCCACAAGGUUGAGGUCAUUAUUCCAAAGUAUGACUGUUUAAACCUAAGCAAUGUGAAGGAUUUACAUUGCCGUCAAAGUUUUACUUGGAGUGGAACAGAGAUAAAAGUAUGGUUUGGAAAGGUUGAAGGCAUCUCUGUUUAUUUCUUGGAACCACAGAAUGGGAUGUUUUGGGUUGGAUGUGUCUAUGGAAAGAACGAUGAAAGCAGAUUUGGCUUCUUCUGUCACUCUGCUCUGGAGUUUCUUUUCCAGAGUGGUUCUUCUCCAGAUAUCAUACAUUGUCAUGAUUGGUCAAGUGCUCCAGUUGCUUGGCUGUACAAGCAACAGUAUGUUCAUAACGGGUUGCCAAAUGGCCGGGUUGUAUUUACUAUCCACAAUCUUGAAUUUGGCGCAAAUCAAAUUGGUAAAGCAAUGGCACACUGUGAUAAAGCUACAACUGUUUCAGACACAUAUUCAAAGGAAGUGUCUGGGCAUGGUUCUAUUGCUCCUCACUAUUUUAAAUUCCAUGGCAUCCGUAAUGGAAUUGAUUCUGAUAUUUGGGAUCCAUAUAAUGAUAACUUCAUCCCGGUUUAUUAUACUUCUGAGAAUGUUGUUGAAGGUAAGAGUUCUGCAAAAAGGGCAUUGCAGGGGAAGCUUGGAUUACAUCAAACUGACGCCCCUCUGGUUGGAAUCAUUAGUCGGCUUACAGCCCAGAAGGGAAUUCACCUUAUCAAACAUGCAAUUUAUCGAACUCUUGAGCGCAAUGGACAGGUGGUUUUACUAGGCUCAGCUCCAGAUCCUCGCAUACAAAGUGACUUCAUCAACUUAGCUAAAAAACUUCAUGGUGAAUUUGAUGGCCGCGUGAAGCUUUGUUUAACUUAUGACGAGCCAUUGUCACAUUUGAUAUAUGCUGGCGCCGACUUCAUUCUUGUCCCUUCCAUUUUCGAACCUUGCGGUUUAACACAGCUUACUGCUAUGCGAUAUGGAUCCAUCCCAAUUGUUCGGAAAACUGGAGGCCUGUAUGACACUGUUUUUGACGUCGACGAUGAUAAGGACCGGGCCCACGAGCAAGGCCUUGAGCCAAACGGAUUCAGUUUUGAAGGAGCUGACAGCAAUGGUGUAGAUUACGCUCUGGACAGGGCGAUCACCACGUGGUACGACGCUCGCGAUUGGUUCAACUCCCUCUGCAAGAGGGUAAUGGAGCAAGAUUGGUCCUGGAACCGGCCUGCUCUGGACUAUAUGGAACUGUACCAUUCCGCCCGCAAGAACUGAGACUUUUGCUGACAGCAAAUGUUUAAGUUCUGGGAGUGGGUUUGCCAGGUUCCAGUGACAUGCCAGUGUCUCGCUGUAUAUGCCGUUCCCCGGAAGCCAUUCUUUCGGUUUAUAUGGGGUUCAGAAGAAAUAUACCGACUUCUACUUCUCCGGCAUCUGCAAGACACUCAAGCACGAGCUCUUCACUAUAUUCAGCGAUCACGAUACCAUAAUCAUGUGCCACACGAUGUCAAAUGCGGCACAUGGGAAGCUCAUUCUGGCCAUAGUCUACAGGUUUCGUGACUGUUGCAAAUAUGUUCCAUCUUACGGUUCUAUAGUCCUUCAUGUGUACAUAUUGUGUAAGCUGACGGUUAGCUUCUUAGGGUCGAUGCUCCAUGUAGUUGGUUUUCUGCCUCAUUUGAAUAAUAAAGUGCCUAUCAAAUGGUAUAUCACGUUGAUAUCUCAAACUCGACCAUUGUGAAUGUAACUUCUCUCAUAUUUUCUUUUG